ACCGGCAAAGCCAUAGACUUCCUCCGGACGGAGUACUUCACCAAAGAGGCCGGCAGCCGAGCCGAGCGCCGUGUGCCUCAGAUUGCUGUGGUCAUCACAGAUGGCGAAUCCACUGAUGACGUAUUGGAACCUGCCAGGAGACUGAGGCAGCACGGUGUCAUCGUGUUCGCCAUCGGGGUCGGAAAGAUCAACCAGUCACAGCUUAUAACCAUGGCUAACUGGCCCUCGGAGCGCUUCGUCCUCACCACUGUCAGCUACCAGAAGCUCCAGGAUCAGACCAACAUCCUGCUGGAAACGGUCUGUCUCAGUCUGGAGGACCAGACGCUAGCUUUGGUCGACAGGUUUGCAGAUGUUUUCUUCCUGGUGGACAGUGGAAUAGCUUCCAAUCAGUUUACCCUGUUUAGAAAUGAGCUUGUCAGACUGUUGAAUCGACUGGAAGUUGGAGCGUCUGGUUACCAUGUCGGUUUGGCCCAGUACGGUCAGGACGUCAGACCUGACUUUCGUCUCAACACUCAUCAAACCAAGCAGCAGAUCGUGGCCGCUGCUCGACGUUUCCGACUGCGUUCACAAACAGGCCAACCACGAAAUCUCGGACAAGCUCUGUCCUACGCUAAAGAGAACUUCUUCAAUGCUGAGGCAGGAGGCCGCGCACAACAGGGAACCCCACAGUAUUUGGUUGUAGUGGCUGGAAAAGACUCGGAUGAUCCUGUGUUUCGAUCUGCUGAAAAUCUGAAAGACGAGGGGGUAAUUAUUGUGGGGAUGGACGCAGGUGCGACACGGGAUGCUCUGGACCGUGUGAGAGUACACAGUGAAGCGCUAGACAAGGCAGACAUUCUGCAGUUCAUCAGCUUCCUGCCUUACCGUCAAGGUGGUACAAACACUGGAGCUGCCCUACACUUCGCCCUGAAAAACAUCUUCACUGAAAAAAAGGGCAGCAGGGAGGAUGUCCCGAAGGUAGCGGUGGUAAUCACAGACGGUGAAUCCCAGGAUAAUGUGAAGGAACCUGCGAUCGCUCUCCGUCGAGCUGGUGUCACAGUUUUUGCUGUCGGAAUCAAAGACGCCAAUAAAGCCGAACUGCUGAAGAUGGCAUCUUACCCCAAGUUCGUUUUUACUGUGGACAGUUUCAUCAAGCUGAAACCCCUGAAAGAAACUCUGCAGGCAACCCUGUGCAACACCAUCAUCCAGAUCGGGGUCCAGGACAAGGAAAGUGAUGCAGAGACUAAAGAAGCAUGUGAUCAAAAGGACCAAGCUGACAUUUUCUUCCUGAUGGACGACUCAGGAAGCAUUAAAAAUGCAGAUUUCUCAGACAUGCAGAAGUUUAUCAUUGAGUUUCUUCAUACCUUCCGUAUUGGGCCAGACCAUGUUCGCAUGGGUCUUGUGAAAUAUUCAGAUUCCCCCUCUCUAGAGUUUGACCUAACACAGCACUCAGAUGCUAAGACAAUGGAAAAGGCUGUGAAGGAAAUCUUUCACAAAGGAGGUGGAACUAACACACGAAAAGCACUGUCAUCCAUGAAAGGACAUUUUCAGAACGCAAAGACGAGCCGUGGUUACAAAGUCUCCGAGUACCUGAUCGUCAUCACCGAUGGAGAAUCCCAAGAUGAAGUUAAAGAUGCUGCAGAAGAACUGAGGGCGCAGGAUGUCAUCAUCUACGCCAUCGGGGUGAAAUCCUCAAAUGAUAAUGAGCUGAAUGAGAUUGCUGGGGAUCCAAAGAGAAAGUUUUUUGUCAGUAAUUUUGAUGCCCUGAAAACCAUCAAAAAUGACGUCAUCAGAGAGAUCUGUUCGGAAACUUGUAAAGACAUACCAAGCGACAUAUUUUUCUUAACUGACAGCUCUGAGAGUAUCUCUGAGGAAGACUUCCAAAAGAUGAAAAAUUUCACGAAAUCUGUCAUUAGCAAGUCCAGCAUUGGGCUGGAUAAGGUGCAUGUUGGUUUUAUGCAGUACAGCACCAACAGACGCCUGGAGUUCGACCUCACCAAACACUACAACCUGGAAGGAAUGCUAAACACCAUCGAUGUUAUGGAGCAGAUGAACGAAGGCACUCGCACUGGCAGGGCCAUCACAGAGGUCUCACAGUAUUUUGAUGCAGCCAGAGGAGGGCGGCCUUGGAUGAAGCAGUGGUUGGUCGUUAUAACAGAUGGUAAAUCCCAAGAUAGCGUCAAAGAACCAGCUCAUGCUCUGAGGGCCAAAGGAGUGGUGAUCCAUGCCAUUGGAGUGGAUAAGGCUAACAGGAAGGAACUGUCGGAGAUCAGUGGCUCAUCGCAGAGGGUCUUCAUUGAGAAUACCUUUGAUGCAUUGAAGGAACUAGAGACCAAGCUGGCCUUGAAGUUCUGUGAGAAAGAUUGUAAAAAGACAGUAGAGGCUGAUAUUAUUUUUCUGGUUGAUGGUUCUGAAAGCAUAAACAAGGAACAGUUCAAAAGUAUGCAAACCUUUAUGGCUUCAGUUGUGAACCAGACCACCAUUGGUAAAGAUCUGACUCGUUUUGGAGUCAUUCUCUACUCUGACACACCCAAAUCCAGCUUUACUCUAAAUGAAAUUCACGCCAAAGGAAAAGUCCUUGAAGCAGUGCAGCAGCUGGUACAACCACGCGGAGGCACCUACACAGGUGCUGCUUUGGCAUACUCGCUGCAGUACUUCAACGCUGAACAUGGUGGUCGGAGAGAAAUCAGGGUGCCUCAGAUUCUCAUGGUGAUCACAGAUGGAGAAGCUACUGACUCUGAGAGAUUGAAAGCAGAAUCUGAUGCUCUGCGACAAAAUGAGGUCACAGUCAUCAGUAUCGGAGUGCAGGACGCAAAGAGGGACGAGCUGGAGACCAUGGCUGGUGACGACACAUCCAAAGUUUUCUUUGUCGAAAAUUUUAAGGAUUUGGAAACUUGCAACCAGACAGACUUGGUCUUCCUACUCGAUUACUCGAGCAGCAUCAACCAAGACCAGCACACGAUUAUGUUAAACUUCACAGCAAGUGUGGUGGACAACUUCAAUGUCAGUAAAGAGUUUGCACAUGUCGGACUUGCACAGUUCAGUGCUGAUCCUAAACAUGAGUUUUACCUUAACACGUACAACGACAAGACGAAGAUGAUUGAGCAUAUCCUUAACAUGAACUAUAAAGGUGGAAACACUUAUCUUGGAGAAGCCUUGGAUCACAUUAGGGACUACUUUCAUGAAUCAAAUGGAGGCCGCAGAGACGUUCCCAAGAACCUGGUGUUGAUCACAGAUGGUAAUUCUAAAGAUGACGUGGAGGAUGCCGCAGAAGCGCUCAGGAAAAUGGGGAUUACAAUAUUCGCCAUUGCUGUUGGAGAUGUCUAUUACCUACAGCUCCUGCAGAUCACUGGCACGCCAGAGAAGGUCUUUAAUGUCGAGAACUUCGACAGCUUGGCAAAUAUCAAGACAAAGAUCAUUGACGAAAUCUGUGACACUGUGCCUGAGCCCAAAAUUGAAGGCCGACAGCAGCUCCACAAACAGCUGGAAGCUCAACAACCAAACACUGACUCUGACGGGGCACCCCGGGUGUCGACAGCACCAGACCAGCACCCAAAGGAGACCCCGGCAGCCCAGGGACACCAUGUUUUUGGCAGCUCUCACAGACGACUCUGGUAUACAAUAUACCCUAACCUCAAGCAGAAGAGGAGGGCCUUCAAAUCUAGAGACAAGGAGGAGCUGAAAAGGGUGCAGAGAGAGCUGAGAGGACUGAUAAGGAAAUGGAAGGACAGCUACAGGCAGAAGAUGGAGAACCAGCUCCAACAGAACAACGUUGGUGAAGUCUGGAGAGGCCCCAGAGCCAUCUCGAGGGUCGUAAUAGAAGAAGAGCUCCCGGUGGUGAGAAGGUCUGUUACUGUACACAGAUAUCUGACUCACCUGGUGAGAGAGGAACCCGAGAACCUCCCAGGUGCUGCUGGGCCACAGGCUGACGACACAGGAAACUCCAUCUUCACGGUGCUGAGGAGGCCACAGGAGCCGGCUGCUGACCUGAGGAGGGUCGAGAGCUGUGCCGUCUGUUACGAUGUGAACGUGGAGCCGACAAAGCAGCUGGACAGCUUUGUGUCCACAGGUGAGCAUCCACCUGCUCUCAGUCACACUGUCCUUCCUCUUCUUCGCUACGAUGACGGGAAGAACGCUGCAUUUGAGGAACGCAGAUGA